CAGUAUCAUCCUCAUCAUCAUCAUCAUCAUUCUCAUCUUUGGACGGACAGACUUCUUGCUUCGCGGUUUCUCGAUCGAUCAUUCAUUAGCUCAGACGUGGAAUUGAAGCUUAUCGGCCGGCCCCCACCUCGUCAUCGUCCCGCCCCCCUGGUCCGCCUGGUUUAUCGUCCCGGAUCGUCUGGGUAUCUGGGUGUGUGGGUCGACGACUGGCCCGGCAAAAUGGCCUUCACGUUCGCCGCAUUCUCGUACAUUGUGGCGCUCAUCGUCGACGCUUUCCUUAUCUUCUUCGCCAUAUUUCACAUCAUCGCGUUUGAUGAGCUCAAGACGGAUUACAAGAACCCGAUCGAUCAAUGCAGUUCCUUGAACCCGCUGGUGUUGCCGGAGUACAUCCUCCACGUCUUCUUCAACCUCUUGUUCUUGGUCGGGGGUGAGUUCUUCUCCCUCUGCCUCAACAUCCCGCUCAUCGCCUACCACGUCCACAGGUACAUGCAUCGCCCGGUCAUGAGUUCGCCCGGGUUGUAUGACCCCACGAGCAUCAUGAAUGCCGACACGUUGAACAAAUGCCAGCGAGAGGGCUGGAUCAAGUUGGCGUUCUACUUGCUCUCGUUCUUCUAUUAUCUUUACGGCAUGAUCUACUCGCUGAUCUCCACCUAGGACCCCUAUGAAAAAAAAGAGGACCACCCAGCCACCGACACGGAUGACCCUGGGACCUGACACCGCCCGUGGCGCGGAUUGGCCAUGCACUCGUAAUUGUGUUUUGUGAUAUUUCAUGUUUUCGCCGCCCAAGCCACUCUUAGACGGCAACUCCUCCCCCCAUUACCUAAUCAUAAUCAUCCACCCGAUCGGUUCCUCGUUCGCAUUUGCCAAUAAACCAGUUUAUUUCGCA